AUGGUGCUGAAUAUAAAUGUUGGUAUUCUUGGCCACGUUGAUUCUGGCAAGACCACCCUUUCGAAAGCUUUGAGCACUGUAGCUAGUACCGCUGCUUUUGAUAAAAAUCCACAGAGCCAAAAACGUGGAAUCACUCUUGAUCUAGGAUUUUCCUCGUUCAAAGUUAAUGAAAAUAUUCCCUCUCAAUUAUUACCGUCGGAUACAGUCCAAAUUACUCUCGUUGAUUGUCCUGGCCAUGCAUCUCUUAUUCGCACUAUCAUCUGUGGGGCUCAUGUCAUUGACUUGAUGCUUUUAAUCGUCGAUGCAAAUAAAGGCUUUCAGACACAAACCGCUGAGUGUCUCAUUAUUGGAGAACUUACCUGCGAAGCUUUAGUCGUUGUACUCAACAAAAUUGAUUUGUUACCCCCAGAAAAACGCGAAGAGAGAAUCGCAAAGAUGAAAUCGCGUAUUGCAAAAACACUAGAAGCUACUAGGUUCAAAAAUGCUUCAAUCGUUGCUGUUUCAGCUCUUCCAACUGAACAAUCACCGUCUGGUGAGGGUAUGGAAGAUUUAAUAUCAGCUCUCCUCUCCAGUAUUCCUGACCCCCGGCCCAAAAGAAGCCAGUUAGCCAGCCAGUCGUUUCUCUUUGCUGUGGAUCACUGCUUCUCAAAGUCUGGCCAGGGCACUGUGCUUACUGGCACUGUUCUCAAUGGUUGUAUUCGCGUUGGUGAGACCAUCGAGGUGCCUCAACACAAAUUGAAGAAGAAAAUCAAGUCCAUACAGAUGUUUCGCAAUCCAGUCGACAAAAUUGGUCCGGGUGAUCGAGCUGGCAUAUGCGUGACUCAAUUGGAUCCAAGUGUAAUGGAGCGAGGCUUCUUGGCGUUGCCAGACAGUCUACUCAUUUGUCAGACUUGUCUCCUCACGGACGUGAAGCGGAUCUACUAUUUUAAGGGUUCCGUGAGCAGUAAACAAUGUUUUCAUGUUUCAAUCGGUCAGGAUACUCUCCUUGCCCGCAUCACUUGUCUGCGGAGAGUGAAUAAAACCACGAAGAAUGGAGAUGAGGAAUUUGAAUAUGACAACAAUUGUGUGAUUUUACACUUCAGUAUUUUUAAUAUUUCACACAACAUUUUGUUAUUGAACUACAAAGGAGGCCAAAGUUGUAACGAAAUGCUGCUGGAAUUCGGUGUGUUCUCCACAUCGGCAGUAGUAGUCGCUCCAUUGGGAAGUUUAGUGAUUGGCGCACGUCUUGACACCGAUCCAAACUCACCUGCCUGUCGACUUGCCUUCCAUGGUCGCGUUGGGCGUACCUUCGCGUCUCCUGAGGAGUAUCGAUCGCUUCCCGUCUACAGGCAUAAGGCUCGGCGCGGAGAAGUUGAACGAGUGGUGGAUGCACGAACCUGCAUCGUGCGUGGUCUCUUCAAACGCGAAACCAACUGGGACAUCUUCACCGGCCUCUCUGUCACACUUUCCAAUGACUCUCCUGUAUGUGGUGGUGCUGAUCCUCUUUCUAUCCGUGGCAUAGUGGAAGGCAGCUUUGGUCAGAGUGGAAAGUGCCGUGUUCGCUUGAAUGGUAAGUCUGAUUUGGGCUUCUGUAUAAGUUGA